GGGGGGCGCGGGGCGGGCGCGGGCCGCCGGGUCCCACACGCGGGCGCCCACGUGACCGCCGGGCCCGUUCCUCAGUCCUUAUAUGGGCAGUGACGUCCCGGGCAUUCAGGGGGCCCCCAUAAAUAGUUACCGCCAGACUUGUCCUCCAGCGCGAGCUGCGGCGGGAGCGCGGCGCUCCCGGGGCACCGCGGGCACCGCACCGCCGCGACGGGGCGGCCGCCCGCCCGCACAUGCCGCGCCGGCUCCCCGCGGUCCCCCCGCGCUGGUGGUAGUGGGAGGCAGGGGGAAGCGCCCCCUCCUCUCCCUCCCCUCCCCGCCCCGAGCGCCCACCGCCGGCCGGGAGCGCCGCUCCCCCGGCCGCCCCGCUGCCCCCAUGAUGACCGCCAAGGCGGUAGACAAGAUCCCGGUGACCCUCGGUGGGUUCGUGCACCAGCUCCCCGAGGCCAUUUACCCGGCGGAUGACAUCUCCGCCGCGCUGCCAACUUCGGUCGCGAUCUUCCCCAAUGCCGACCUGGCAGGGCCGUUCGACCAGAUGAGCGGUGUGGCAGGAGACGGCAUGAUCAACGUGGACAUGGGCGACAAGCGGGCCCUGGACCUGCCCUACGGUGGCGGCUUCGCGCCCAAUGCCCCGGCUUCCCGAAAUCAGACCUUCACCUACAUGGGCAAAUUCUCCAUCGACCCGCAGUACCCUGGCGCCGGUUGCUACCCCGAGGGCAUCAUCAACAUCGUGAGCGCGGGGAUCCUGCAGGGGGUCAGCACGCCCUCCUCCGCCGCCUCCUCCGCCGCCUCCUCCGCCUCCUCCGCCGCCUCCUCGGCCACCGCCGCCUCCGCCACCUCCCCCAACCCGCUGGCCGGGGCCCUCGGCUGCACCAUGGCACAGGGCCAGCCAGCCGACCUGGAGCAUCUCUACUCUCCUCCGCCGCCGCCCUACUCGGGCUGCGGUGACCUGUACCCGCAAGACCCCUCCUCGGCUUUCCUGCCCGCCGCCGGCGGCGGGGCACUGCCUUUUCCCCCGCCGCCCUCCUACCCCUCACCGAAGGCGGCGGCGGCCGACGGCGGGCUCUUCACCAUGAUCCCCGAGUACGGCGGCUUCUUCCCGCCGCCUCAGUGCCAGCGGGAGCUCCACGCCGGCCCCGACCGCAAGCCCUUCCCCUGCCCCCUCGACUCGCUCCGCGUCCCGCCGCCCCUCACGCCGCUUUCCACCAUCCGCAACUUCACGAUGGGGGCGCCCCCGGCGGGCGCCGCCCCCGGCAGCGCUCCCGGCAGCGGCGGGGGCGAGGGUGCGGGCGCCCGGCUGCCCGCCGGCGCCUACAGCCCGCACCACCUGCCGCUGCGGCCCAUUCUGCGGCCCCGCAAGUACCCCAACCGGCCCAGCAAGACGCCGGUCCACGAGCGGCCCUACCCGUGCCCCGCCGAGGGCUGCGACCGCCGCUUCUCCCGCUCCGACGAGCUCACCCGGCACAUCCGCAUCCACACGGGCCACAAGCCCUUCCAGUGCCGUAUCUGCAUGCGGAACUUCAGCCGCAGCGACCACCUCACCACCCACAUCCGCACGCACACCGGCGAGAAACCCUUUGCCUGCGAUUUCUGCGGUAGGAAGUUCGCCCGUUCCGAUGAAAGGAAGCGGCACACCAAGAUUCACCUGCGCCAGAAGGAACGAAAAGGAGCCGCCGCCGCCGGCGGGUGCCCGCAACCCGGCGGCGGGAGCGGCACCGCCGCCCUGGCCCCCUGCGCGGCGCGGACGCGGACGCCCUGACGGCGCGGGACGCGCAGGAGCCAGCGCGGAGCCGCCGCCGAGCGCGGCGGGCGCGGAGCGGAGCGGGGCCCGGCGGGGCGCGACGAGCACCUGGCGGCGCCGCGGGGCUCCCCCGGGCCGGGGCGGGCCGGAGCGGGCCGGAGCGGCGGGUGUACAUAGGGGCUGCGGCGGGAGGAUGGAUGCAUGCAGUGCCGUCGUGGUGAGGUGUCCUUGGUGCCUUGUGUGGUGUAGAGCCCGGUCCCCUGUCUGCAUGUGGGGGGUGCCUUACCGAUCCGCUCCGACGACAGCGGCGACACCGAGACCGGAAAGUUUUUCCCUCCCUGGUUUUAGUAUGGCUGUACAUUUCUGCCUAUUAAUAUUGGGAUUUUUUUUUUUUUAGAGACUAUAUUUUUGUACGCACUGGUUUGGGGUUUUGGUUUUGUUUUUCUUUUUGGUGACUUAAAAGUGUUCCGUUUGUAGUAGGACUUGGGACAGGAUGUAAAUACUCGGGCUGGGACCGGCGCCCGUGGUCGGCCGGGACCCAGCGCGCCGCAGGUAACACGAAUAAUGCACAACCACUAACGGGGGCUGGAAGGAGAGGGGGGGGGUAUCUUUCUGGCCACUCUGUAAAUAAACUUUUCGACAAUAGGGUAGGUGCUUACAAAGUUUAUAAAAGACGACAAAUAAAUCUCUUAAUUAUGCUAAAUUGACAUCUUUAUUUCCGUAGGUUCCCUGGCCUGACCCAGGGAGGGGGUGUUCCCCGCCCGUCCCCGACCCGUGCCGCGUCCCGGGGUCCGGGACGGGCUGCGGGGCAGCCCAGCCGGGGUCCGACGGGCGCACCGCACCGCCCCGCAAAGCCUCGGCGUGGAAAACCUGCGGCCUCGGCCCCAGCGUACAAACACUCGCUUUUGGGCGCGGGAAUUUCCCUCGGAGACGGGAUAAUAUUAACCAGGGAGCGGGGUGGGUUUUUUUUUUGACUCAUUCUGUUUUGUUCCGCGGUUACGAUCCGCCCCAGGCAACCUCCGCGAGUGGGCUCCGGAACAGUGAGUACCGCCGCCCCGACGGCCGCCGCUCGGGGGAAGCGGCUCCCGGCGGCGCGGAGCUGCGCGGGCGGCGCCGCGCCCGCGCCCGGGGGCUCCGCAGCGGCCCGGGGCGGCGGCGCUCACCCCCGCGGCACACCCGGACUGUUUUUGCUGAACCCACAUGGCCGCAAUAUCGUGCCCCUUUUUUUUUUUUUUUUUUUUUUUGUAAACUUAUUUUGGUUUUUUUAAACGCUAUUCCGGCCUCGGCCCCACCGUCAGCUCCUGCCAUCGGUGCAGGGCCGUAAGCGCCCCGCGGGCUUGCCCCCCUGCCACACAGAACCCUGGUGCGGCCCGCCCUGCAGAGGUGAGCUGUGCAGGACGGACAUCACUAACACCACAGUCCAGCACAGUGGGGCGAAGGGGUUAAGUCCUUUCUUGGUGGUUCCCAGCCUCUGCUUGCGCAGGUGUUAGGUCCCAUAGCGCAAAGCCCCAGCAGCACCUGCCUUUUCUGUCUGAUAGAAAUCCCUGCUCCCCAUUUUCUGGAACUCAUGCCGGCUUUUGGGGCAGCUGCUCUUCAGUGGGAGCUGAAGCGACAUGUCCGGUUUUGAACCAAGACAGCUUUUGAAGUUGGGCAUGGACCAGCCUCUGCAGGAGAAGCUGCGCUCACUGCCCCACCAUCCACCUUAGCAGCACAAGUAAGCCUUCACAUCCCGGUUUGCAGUUUUGCCACCUGAUCCCACAUGGUCCUGGCCCCCAAGAGACCACAGCCAGCUGGAGGGAUGUCAUACAGAAGCUGUGGCCUCCUCGACUGCUGUGCUUCUGCAGGUACCGCCACAGCCUUGGAUAACCAAAGCUCGGUCACAGCCAGAGCAUCUUGAGCAAAAUUGGUAUCUCAGCUACCCAGACACAAUCCAAGGCUCCCCCUGCACUGUCCAAACUAUUGUCUCCAGCCACGCUACAAAAUUAAAACCCAAAUCAAAAGCAAAAAUGAUAUAAACAACACUGAAAUCAUAAAAGAUGUGAACUAAGGAAACUGCUGGUGACUAGUGUACGGCUACAAGAGCACCUCACAUGGCACAGUAUCAAUGGUCCUACACUCCUGUCUGUGCCUUACACUGAGAGCCAGCUUCAGAAGCAGCAAUAGUGUAUGUGCCUGGAUUUGCCCGCAGGAUCUGGGCUGAGAAUCCAGGGCUAAGCAUCGCCUCCCAAGGAAAAGCCGGUCACACUGUUCAACUGUCAGGCCAAAGAAACCAGAGCUCCGCACUGUGCUUGGCUCGAGGCUGUCGUACUUGUGAAGGAAAGUAAUGACUGGUCACUGGUGAGAUAUCUUGUAUUUAUUUUACAAUUCAGCAAUAAUAGUUAUUUUGCUGUCGUGAAAACACAAUAACCAGACUGCAGAGAGAAGGAAUGGCAUUACAGACUUAAACCUUCCGCUUACAGAUAUCCAGAACAUAGGAAGUAAGUUUCAAUUAGUGAGUAAGCAAGAAGUUACACAAAGAGGCUUUUAAAAAAAAUGCAUCUCAGGUUUUCUUUGCUAUUUUUCCAGCUUUAAAUACUUUGGUACUAACACCUUAAUUUAAAAAAAAAAAGGAAAAACAAGAGAGAAAAAAAAAAGAUUUUGCCAUGGUUAACCAGCACUCCGCAGCGUGACCAUGCUGUCCUCUUCACAAAGAUGCAUUAAAUACUGUCCCACUAAACAUCUUGACUAGGUUUUACACAUGGAGGAAAAAAAUUAAAAACUCAGCAGAAAGACCUAAGGGGAGGAUAGAGUAUUUAGGAUGAAAAAUGCUCACUGUCGCAGUUUGUUUUUCCAGUACAGCUGUUUGCAUGCACCAUGCUAUCCUCUUUGUGGACUUCUGAAAAAGGAUAACUGUCUGCAUUAGGCUUGGAGAGAGGUAGAAACAGGCUGUAACACAGGGAGGCAUUGCCUUAUAAUUAAUGACUACAUUCGAUCAAGAAUUGUUAAACAUUAACUAAUGCUAAGCUGCAGGGGAAUUCCAAGAAAAACAGGUAAGCCAGCUGCAGAAAUAUCAGACACCUUUAAGUGCUCAAAGAAUAAAUGGAAAUCGCCUGAAAUAAUUUCUACCAAUUUUUUCCUUGCAAAAUAAUUAAUCCAUGCAUGCAUAAUGCUGACUUCUAUAUUACAUUCAUUCUUUC